UCCGGUUUCCGGCGAGAAGGCCAGCGUGAGUGUUUACACCGGCGAUUCUGCGGCCGGGUUCCUUCCGCGGGACGGGUGAGGGCACUGGGUCCCUGGCCGCGCGGGCUCGACGUGGGUCGACUAGAUAACUGGUCCUACGGGAGAGGGAGAAAGAGAGAGCGAGAAAGAGAGAGGAUGUCUCUCUCAGAUUGGCAUCUGGCGGUGAAGCUGGCUGACCAGCCACUUGCCCCAAAGUCUAUUCUUCGAUUGCCAGAGACUGAACUGGGAGAAUAUUCACUAGGGGCCUAUAGUAUUUCAUUUCUUAAGCAGCUAAUUGCUGGCAAACUCCAGGAGUCCGUUCCAGACCCUGAGUUGAUUGAUCUAAUCCACUGUGGCCGGAAGCUAAGAGAUGACCAGACCCUUGACUUCUAUGGCAUUCAGCCUGGGUCCACAGUCCAUGUGCUUCGAAAGUCUUGGCCUGAGCCCGAUCAGAAACCAGAACCUGUGGACAAAGUGGCUGCCCUAAGAGAGUUCCGGGUGCUGCACACUGCCUUGCACAGCAGCUCCUCCUACAGGGAGGCGGUCUUUAAGAUGCUCAGCAAUAAGGAAUCUCUGGAUCAGAUCAUUGUGGCCACCCCAGGCCUCAGCAGUGACCCCAUUGCUCUAGGGGUCCUCCAGGACAAGGAUCUCUUUUCUGUCUUUGCUGAUCCUAACAUGCUGGAUACAUUGGUGCCUGCUCACCCAGCCCUAGUCAAUGCCAUCAUCCUGGUUCUGCACUCAGUAGCAGGCAGCACUCCGAUGCCAGGAGCUGACUCCUCUUCCCGGAGCAUGCCCUCCAGCUCAUACCGGGAUAUGCCAGGUGGCUUCCUGUUUGAAGGGCUUUCAGAUGAUGAGGACGACUUUCACCCAAGCACCCGAUCCACGCCCUCAAGUAGCACACCCAGCUCCCGUCCGGCCUCCCUGGGGUAUAGUGGAGCUGCUGGGCCCCGGCCCAUCACCCAGAGUGAGCUGGCAACUGCCCUGGCCCUGGCCAGCACUCCAGAGAGCAGCUCUCACACGCCUACUCCUGGCACCCAGGGCCAUUCCUCAGGGACCUCACCAAUGUCUUCUGGUGUCCAGUCAGGGACGCCCAUCACCAACGAUCUCUUCAGCCAAGCCCUCCAGCAUGCCCUGCAAGCCUCUGGGCAGCCAGGCCUUCAGAGCCAGUGGCAGCCCCAGCUGCAGCAACUGCGUGACAUGGGCAUCCAGGAUGAUGAGCUGAGCCUGCGGGCCCUGCAAGCUACUGGAGGGGACAUCCAAGCGGCCCUGGAGCUCAUCUUUGCUGGAGGAGCCCCAUGAACUCCCUGCUCCUUCUGAGCAACCACCAAGUUGCAAAGGCUGCUGCUGAUGGGAGGCACUUGUGAAGGUGCCUCCAGCUCUCCCUUCCCCAAUACACCUGAUAGUCAACUCUC